AUGGCCAAAAGCUUCAAAAAUGCCGAAGGCCUCUUCGGCACCCAAGUCCUCUCUGCACUCCAAAAAGAAGGCACCUUCAACCUCUCAAUUCUCUCUUGCGAGUCCUGCUCCUCGAAAUUCCCCCCAGACAUCAAAGUCCACGAAAUAGACGACGACUACCCAAUCGACCAACUGACAACAGCCUUCAAAGGCCAAGAUGCCCUCGUCUCCAUCCUCUCCGGCAGACCCUACACAGUGCACCUGCGCAUGAUCGACGCCGCAAUCCAAGCCGGCGUACAGCGCUUCAUACCAACAGAAUACGGCAACAAUAACUGCGUGGCAGCGGCUGAGCUCGGUACGCUGUACGCCGAAAAUGCCAAGACCAUCGCGGACCUCAAAAAGCACAAAGACGUAGGUUUGAUCUGGAUGGCUUUAAGCACAGGACAGUUCUUCGACUGGGGGCUCGAGGCUGGGUGGCUUGAUUACCACCUGAAGGAGAGGAAAGUUAGUAUCUACGAAUCGGGUGAUAAGGCGUGGUCGACUUCGAUACUUGGGACGGCCGGUGUGGCGGUGGUUAAAGUGCUGCUGAAGCCUAAGCAGACGGAGGAUAAGCCAGUAUUUGUGGCUUCGUUUACGGUGUCUCAGGGGCAGGUUCUUGAGGAGCUGGAGAAGGCGGCUGGGGAGAAGUGGGAGGUGAGGAGAAUGUCAUCGGCGGAUGCGUCGAAGAAGAUGAUGAUGCCUGAUACGACUGAUGGGCCGAAGUUGCUUAUUUUGAUGCUGCUUUAUGCGGAUGAUGUGGAUAGAGGGGUGGACUUUGCGAAGGGUGGGUUGCUUGGGUCGCGGGAGGAAAACUUGGCUGAAGUUGUUGUCCGAAUUCUUAAGCAGCAAGCCUCUUGA